AUGACCACCGAGGCAAAUCCGACACCUUUGCUCACCAUCACGCCCUUGAAGCCGUCUGAGAUACCUCCAGAGGAAAGGAUAAUUGCUGAAGGAAAGACAUUGAUAGAGUCGUCGGUGUCGUGGAAAGCCGGAAAAACAUACUUCGACGUCGUCAAGACCAGCACUCGUGGCAAACUUGCAGGCGACGGCGCUCCUUGGCAUUGCCGUUACAGUGUGCACAAACCAGACGAAAUCACUUUCGAUCAGCUUUGGGAAAAACUAUCCCGUAACAAGGCGGAAAAUGAGCUACAGUUUAUACAUGAAAUUCAGAAAGUCAACAAAAUAAAAGAACUGUCUCCGACUGCCUCCAUUUGGACACUCUACUAUACCUUCCUCCCACCAGUUUCACCUCGCGUUUUUACUGUGGUUCAGGUUGUCCAUCUCUCUGAAGAGAAACCACGAACAGGGUUGAUCGUAUCUCUUUCCAUUGAUUUAACGUCUAAAGGUGAUGAAGAACUCCACCUCCUCGAAGAAAAAGGUACCAAGGGUCGCUAUGUUAGCGUUGAGAGAGUCAUGGAGCUGGAAGACGGUACUACGGAAUGGCGUAUGGCUACAUCCAGUACCCCAGGUGGCAACAUUCCCAACUUCCUCGUUGAGAGCACUAUGGCUAAGAAAAUUGCCUCAGAUGUGCCGCAGUUCAUCAAAUGGUUCCAAAAAUCAACAUCAAAGAAGUAA